AUGACAAACCAGAGGAGCAGGACGAAGACGAGGGCGAAGCACAAAUCGAAGAAGAGCAACCUCGUAACCGUCGACGCGUCCAAGUUAUCCUCGCACGACCAAGUUCCUCCUCGGGUGAAGAAGAGGACAACAAAGGCCGCAAUUCGCACAAAUCCUCCAACAAAUGACCAAGCGAAAGUCGCAGACAAUCGACCGUGUGCCAACUCUAAAAACGAUCUUCGUUCAAUCAUCGAAGAGUCCAAGGUUAAAAGAGUCGACGACUCCAGUGUUCAACCCCAGCUCAAGCCACGAGUCGUCAACCUACGCGAUCAGCUCAACUCGAAAUCAGAAGACCUCAGGAUCAAGCUCAACCGACCUACACAUUCUGACUUACGACGAAAGCUGAAGGUCACGAAAGCCAAGAACGGUGACGCACACGAACCUAUUGUCGAGGACUCGUCUACUGACCAAAGGGUCCAUCUACAAAACAGACGGGUCGAGCGCUCUCCCUUCUUAAACGUGAUUAUGGGAGGCACGCCACCUUGCGGCGACUCGGUUCGGUCAGUCAAGGACCAUCGACGACAUGCAGUAACCUCGAAGAAAUGGCCAUCGAAACCUGAGAAUGAUCCCUCGAUCACUUUCUCAUCUGACGAUGCCAUCGGCGUUCACGUACCUCAUAACGACCCCCUACUCGUCGAAGUAGGAAUCACGAAGUGCGACGUCGCCAAAGUUUUAGUCGAUACUGGCAGUUCGGUUGAUCUGAUCUUUCGCGAUACAGUCGAUAAGAUGGGAGUCGAUUUGCGCGAUAUGAAACCGUCGUCUCGCUCCCUCACCGGAUUCAACGGGGCUUCCGAGACAAUGAUCAGAAUGAUCAAGCUCCCAGUCUACGCGUGUGGAGUAACACGCACAGUCAAGUUUUCCGUUAUCCGAACAAAGGCUCCAUAUAACGCAAUCCUCGGGGUUACAUUCAAUGAAAGAAAUACCAUCGACGUAUCAUCAGUGCGUGAAGUUCCCAGGACCGAACGGUCAAGUGUAGACACUUCGUGGUGA